CCGCCCCCUGUUUCAGUUUCGUUUCUCGCCCUGGCCGGACCCAGUAGAAGGCGCUCGGGAGACUAAAGGCGGCGCAGGUUUCCUCGGUAUCAGCAGAGCCAUGUCCGACCCCAGCGUCAGCUCCUUCCUCAUCAACCUCCUGUGUAACCAUGAGGGUCGCCUGCGCCGCUCCCAACUGGGCGACCUCCUGCAACUGCCGCCCGAACAGAUCGAUCAGAUUCUCCAAGAGGAGCCGCUUCGCUUCUCGGUAUCGGACGAUCUGGUUCUGGCCCGGACUUCCCUGCGCAUCUGUCCCCGGUACCUGAAAGACGAAGAAGAAGAGGAGCCGUGCGACAAGCUGCAUCUUUGUCGCCGCUACUUGCUGGGAAAAUGCUGGACCUCCAGGAGGGCUCACUGCAAGUUUUCUCACGACACCGACUCAGAACAUAACAAGGCCGUGCUGAAAGCGCACGAGAAUUAUGGAUUUAAUGAUGAUGGGCUGAAAGUCCUUCUUCUACAGAAUGAUCAUUCACUUCUGCCUGAGGUGUGUUUAAAAUAUCUGCAUGCCAGUUGUGACCGAGAAAACGGCUGCUCUCGGCUCCAUGUCUGCGGUUAUUUCACUCGUGGCGAGUGCAGCCGGCAAAACUGCAGACACUCCCACUGCCUCCUGGAAUCCAGCGUAGACUAUAUAAAGAAGCAGAGCUGCCGUUCCCUUGUGUCCAUUGAAAACUUCCAGAUGCUUUGUGUUAUCAAGUGCAACGAGGCGGUCAAUAUGCGGAAGGCGCAGGCUAAAGAUGGAGAACAGUGUGGCCCCUCGGGAGCACGGAGAGGCAGAGGCAGGGGACGGGGGCGGGGGCGGGGCAAAACCCAGAAAAUGCGAGGCAGGCCAGGGCACCGUCUCGCUAGAGGGUCCAGAAGCCAAAGUACCCCAGGGAGGGGUGACAGUCGGUGCAGUACACCCGAUGAAUUAGAUGGUGAUGAUGAUGAUGGAGUAUUUGAUCCACAUUCGGGAGACAAACAAGAUGAAUUUGCGCCAAUGUCAUCUGCUGUGUCUAUGACAUUUUUCUCAACAUGCCAGCCCACCCCAUAUCCACUACUCGAAAUACCACCGAGAACAAGAUCACUGAAUAUAAAUGAUUUACCAAUAUACAGUGGGCAGAAAGUCAACAGCAGUCAGGAAAACUAUGUCCCGGCUGCUUCCGUAUUGAAGACACAGAAAACCAAAUCUGCGGUCAUCCCUCCAAAUAACCACAGACUCACCAACACUGUGACUGUGCAGCAGAAGCUCAACUCUAACAUCAUCAGUCCAAACAGCCAUGUGGCUCCAUUCCCCACAUCUACUACUGAACGGAAAUACAACUCCACCACCAGCAUACUUGGCAUGUACACAACCCCUACUACCACAUCAGUGGAGAAGAUCAACUACACCACCACCAAUCCUGGCAUGUCUGCAACCAUUGGCUCUACAUCUGUGGCACAGAAAGUCAACUCUACUACCACUGGCAUGUCUGCAACCACUAGUUAUACAUAUGGAGUCAACACGACCACCACUAAUCCUAGCAUCUCUGCAACCACUGGCUCUACAUCUGUGGCGCAAAAGGUCAACUCUACUACCACUGGCAUGUCUGCAACCACUAGUUCUACAUCUGUGGCACAGAAAGUCAACUCUACUACCACUGGCAUGUCUGCAACCACUAGUCCUACAUCUGUGGCACAGAAAGUCAACUCUACUGCCACUGGCAUGUCUGCAACCUCUAGUUCUACAUCUGGAGUUAACCCCACCACCACCACCAAUCCUAGCAUGUCUGCAACCAAUGGCUCUACAUCUGUGGCACAGAAAGUCAACUCUACUACCAUUGGCAUGUCUGCAACCACUGGCUCUACAUCUGUGGCACAGAAAGUCAACUCUACUACCAUUGGCAUGUCUGCAACCACUGGCUCUACAUCUGUGGCGCAAAAGGUCAACUCUACUACCACUGGCAUGUCUGCAACCACUAGUUCUACAUCUGUGGCACAGAAAGUCAACUCUACUACCACUGGCAUGUCUGCAACCACUAGUUAUACAUAUGGAGUCAGCUCUACUACCAGCAGUCCAGUGAAUUUGCCUGUUUACAUUACUAAGAAGGAACCCGACCGGCCUGUUGAAUAUAGUGAGAUCUGUCUCCAUCACAUCUGGAAGUACUGCAGGCUUGGGAACAAAUGCAGUGAGAUGCAUUAUCAUUUGCCCUACCGCUGGCAGGAGAAACUGGACAACAAGUGGCAAGACGCUACCAGCAUGGAUGCAAUGGAGAGGGCAUUCUGCCAACCGAAGAACGACAGUUACUUUGGGAUCAGUUUUGCAACAAUGACCUAUGGGCCGAUACAAAUCCGCCGAUUGUCCACACCUUCAUCAGCCACGAGAUCCCCUGAGUUUGUCCUGACCACGGAGUGGAUCUGGUACUGGCAGGAUGAACUGGGAACAUGGAUUGAGUAUGGAAAAUCCAACACAAAGCAGGUGAGCGCCUCAAUAACCUCACUGGACCUGGAGUCCAUCUAUCUUGCUGAUCCGAAAUCCGUGGUUCCGUUCCAGGCUGGAGGUCAAAGCUAUGAAAUCAGUUUCAAUGACAUGAUUCAGAAAAAUAUUGCGUACAUGACUCAGAAGCGAAUCCGCCGGAGACCGAAGUACCAGUCGUGUGAAGAUGUGCAGAAACUCCGGGGGACGAUAAAAGAAAUACCAAGCAGUUCUCCUCUAAGGAAUGGAAAUUACCCAUCAGAUUGGGACACCUCGGCCCUGCCUGAGAUCGGAUAUAAGUUGGUGCCCGUCCCUGAGUCUUCCCCUGAGUACACGCGGGUCCUUGGCCUCUUUAAUAGAACCAUGUCUGGCCAAACAGUGAAGAUCCAGCGCAUCCAGAACAAGUCUCUCUGGGAGGUCUACCAGUGGCAAAAGGUUCAGAUGCAAAAAGUGAACCCAGGAAAGGGAGUGAACGAGAAGCAGCUCUUCCACGGGACCCACCCGUCUCACCGAAUUGCCAUCUGCCACCAUAACUUUGACUGGCGAGUGUGUGGCACUAACGGAACCGUAUAUGGUCAAGGGAGUUAUUUUGCCAGGGACGCCUCCUACUCCCAUAACUACUCGGUCACAUCGACAGGCAAGAAUAUGAUGUUUGUGGCGCGGGUGCUGGUGGGAGACUACGUGACGGGUAACUCCACCCUGAAACGGCCGCCCAUGAAACCCGGCAGCUCCACCCAAUGCUAUGACAGUUGUGUGGAUACUUUGCUCAAUCCUUCUAUCUUUGUGGUGUUUGAAAAGCAUCAGAUCUAUCCAGAAUAUCUCCUGGAGUAUGAACCAAAGAAAGAGGAAAAGUCCUGCUGUAUCAGUUAAAAGAACCUCAGGCUCUGGACCCUCAGACUUUCAAUGUUAUAAACGUGUCCAGCGUCAGCAGAGCAAAUAUCUGGAAAUGUGAAAAAAAAAAAAUAAAUAAAUACCCAGGGCUAAAAUUCAGGGAUUCAAAAUUCUUAGGAAAAACAAUGAUAAACCAGUCAAACAAAUAAUCCGUUCAGAAUAAAUUGCAAUAGUUUUCAAGGAAUUGGCAGUUGGUACUAGACCCAAGACUCGCCCUCCAACCCCUGGUGCUGCUUAUACUUUCUGCCUUAAAGCCUAUGACCCUGCAGUUUGUAGAAUAUUGACCAGGGUUGCAAGGCUGCAGUUCCCAGCAUGCUUCAUGCAUUAACAAUAUGCUGGGAGUUGUAGUCCAACAGUGAUCGGUUACCCUGCGAUUGAGCAGAACUUUCAUGACCCCUUUUUAAAAAGCUGGCAAUUUACAAUAAAGGCACUUUAUGACCAUACGUAAAGAAAAGGCAGAUUUGGGGGGCGCCUUUGCCAUUUUCUUCCUCACGUCAAAAUCUGUUUACUGUGUAUAUUCAUAUUAAAGUAUUCUCUGUAA